AUGCCGGCACUGGACCCUACCCUCGUCGUCGGCUCGUUUAACGCGUACGAAAUCUGCUCGCUCGACGAUCUUCGGUGCGGCUUUGGCACGUACCCGGAUGUCGCGACGCUAGCGACGCACAAGGAAGACGUGACGCUCGAGGUUGUCGGGUCGGCGUUCCCACACCUCCAGCUACAGCUCGGUCUGAAAAACCUUGUCGUGCUCAUCGACUGCGAAGAGAUUUCUUUGGACGACCUCGUCGCGCAACUGAGUCCGCUGCUGCAGUCGACCACGAUGACCAAGAUCAUCUUUGAUGCCCACCGCAUGGGUGCUGCUCUCGCAUCUCUUUCCCUCCCGCCGCUCGCAUCGGUCUUGGAUCUGCAGAUUGCCAUGGAAGUGACGACAAAGGAGUAUACGGCGUCGUUUACGUCGAUGGUGUCGCGUCAUAACCUCAAGCCGCACCCCCACCCGCACUAUCUGCAAGCGUUCAAGAAGCCUCCUUGCUCGGACGAUGUCGUCAUUCGGGCAGCGGUUUGGACCUCGUAUUUGCUCCACGAGGCCGCCAAGCCUAUUCGCAUUGCCAUGGCGUCGACGACGUCGGCGUGGCGCGCUGCGUCGAUGGAGCGCGUCACGAACGCCAUGGCGGCCAAGGGCGUCCGCACGCUGAGCUUUGAUGUCGAGCAGAAGCACAAGUUUGCCUCGUACGAGGUGCUGCACCAUCUGCGGCCGUCGAGCUUGGCGAAAAGCACGCCGCUCGUGGUCCACGAAGACAUGGGCGACGUCUUUGCGCUGCUGCCGCCCGAGUUUGCCGCGCCGCUUCAAACACCGGACGUGGCCGCCAAUCUCCUCGACAUUGUGUUGGACCUCGGGCGGCGGCCGUGGGCGUGGGUCAACGGCGCGCGCUUCUUCCUCUUGCCCAAGGACGAGGCGCGCGUCGUGUGCCAGAACGACCUCGAUCUGAUUGUCGACCGCGUCGGCGGCUUUGGCAGCGACGACCGCGCCGGCCUCGAGCGCCAACUGCACCGUAUUAGUGCUGUGCGCAACCGGUCGAACGAGAUUAUCGGCCUCACGAUCCGCGAGGACAAGAACAUUCUCUUCCUCGGCGAACCUGGCUGCGGCAAAACCACGAUUGUCCGCGAAGUCUCUCGGCAGCUCGCGACCAAGUACAACGUCUGCAUCGUCGACACGAGCAACGAGAUUGCAGGUAGCGACGGCAACAUUCCGCACAUGUGCGUGGGCUUGGCGCGCCGCAUGAUGGUGCCGUCGCUCGACAAGCAAGCCGCCGUGAUGGUCCAAGUGGUCCAGAACCACACGCCCGAGGUCAUGGUCAUUGACGAGAUUGGCCGCCCGAACGAAGUCGAGGCCGCGCGCACGUGCAAGCAGCGCGGUGUGCGCAUCGUGGCCUCGGCGCACGGCGACCUGCGCAAGCUGCUCAAGAACAAGCCGCUGCGAGGGCUUGUGGGUGGCAUUCAGAACGUGACGCUCAGCGACAAGACGGCCAGGGAGCAGCAGCUGAAGAACGACGGCGACUCGCUGCGGAAGACUGUGGCCGAGCGCGGCGGUGCACCGAUCUUUGAGGUGAUUGUGGAGCUCCGGCGCGGGCAGUACGACACGUGGCGCAUCAUUUCGAACGCGGCGGACGCGGUCGAUGCCAUUUUGAGCAACACUGACUACGAGACCCAAGUGCGCACGCGGACCGCCGACGGCAAUGCGUUUUUGUUCAACACGGAGAAGCUCUAA